AUGGCUUUUCCCCAGCUGCAAGGUGCAGCUAAGCUACAGGAGGUGACCCGGUUACUAGACUCGCUCGAGAAGGACUUACAGGAGAAGCAGUUGACAUCGUCGCACAAGGUCCAAACACUACUUCAGCUCCGUCAAUUUGGUACUAGCCCCGUCAACGCUGGCCCGAUAUACUCCAGUAAGGGUAUCAGAAUUCUAGUACAAUAUGGAGUGGAGGGGGAGACAGUCGACGUAUGUCGUGCCGCCCUGAGAUGUGUCGCAAAUGCUCUACUCCUCGAUGCGAACAUGCGUCAGGUCUUUGUUGACACAGGUUAUGGAGGCAAACUGGCUGAAAAGCUCAAGGUUGAUAACUCCGAAGAUGAAAUGGUCGUCAGUCGAAUUCUCUUCCUGUCAACUUAUAACACUACCAUGGAUUUUGACAUCUUAAUCAAAAAUCAUUCCCUCGGCGAAAAUGUCAAUUACCAACUCGCUCGACACGCAAAACAAUUCCCCAAGUCCGGACGAGAGCCACUAUCUCAAAUGGACGAGUUGGCUCUUACUGAUACCCUCAAACUGAUAUUCAACGUAUCAAAGCUUUAUGAGCACGGAGCCGCCUUCUCACCUUCUAUCCCUUAUCUUCUCAAGAUAAUCAGCCGCAUUGACAUUCCGGCAAAGCCAUUGGAUGGCUUAAUCAGCCAGCUCAUCAAUUCACUCUCGGUACUUGACCUGGAGGAAAAGAAGGGCAAGAUCUUCGAAAAAACACCGCUCUUUCCCACGUUUGAUGAGAACUGCAACGUGGAUAAACUGAUUAAAAUUCUUGACCAGGGUGUCUCUUCAUAUCGGCCCGUGGAACUUGACGAGAAAGCUGUGCCGUUAUUGCAUACCCUAAUCACCAUGUAUGAGCUUGCCCCUGAUGGACCACGCGCGCGAAUGCAAUCUUUACUCUUACCAGAGGACACCGAUCGCAGCGAACCCAUCGGACGUUCUGAUAAUCUUGCAUCCCGUCUCUUGAAGCUCUCGACAAGCUCAUUUUCAAAUCUCAAAACAGCAAUUUCUGAACUUAUGUUUGUUCUUGCGGGCAGGGAUGCCGAGACCCUGACUCGAAAGAUCGGCUAUGGCUUUGCAGCAGGAUUUUUGGCAUCCCGAGGGAUGGAGAUCCCGCGAACUGCCAGUGAGGCUUUUGCAGAUGAUCCCAACGAUCCCGAAUCCGGCGUAAACCCUAUCACUGGACAGCGAUGGACUGCGGAACCCAAGGAUUCAGGCCCACCUAUGACCAGAGAGGAGAAGGAAAGAGAAGCAGAGAGAUUAUUUGUCCUCUUCGAAAGAGCGAAAGCAAAUGGCCUUCUCAAUGUGGAGAAUCCUGUGACCCAGGCCUUCCACGAAGGAAGGUUCGAAGAAUUGUCGGAUGACACUGACAGUGACUAA